GCGGUGGACCGAGUUUUGAUACGUUGUUCGAUCGUGGCAGUUGUUGGUGGUGGGAUCAGUUCUUCGUUGGUCUUCCGAUCGAUCUGACACGAAAAUUCAAACAGUGGCAAAACGAGCUAGCGUUGUUCUUCACGUUUGCUACGCAAUGGAACCGGUGAAAAAUGUUGUCGGAAGAUCGAUCGUGUUCUGGAUUGUCAUCCUUGGUAGCAGCCUCCGAUUAUCCCCAGUAGCGGCGCAAUCAUCAAGCGCUCCGUGCCUUACACCAACACGUCAGGAUGGACUAUGCGUUGCAAUCCAGCGCUGCCGUAAUAUCUACAACAUUGUGCAGAACCCAACUCCGCCUUCAGCUGGUAUUGCGAACUACAUCAAGCGGGCGGCAUGCACUUUACCGGGAGUAGAACGCAGUGUCUGCUGUCAACCGCCGGAAGUGGUUCCAGAAGUAACCAGUCAAGUUGAAAAGACAAACCUACUGCCAACUGAUUGCGGUCAGUCGGUCAACGAUCGAAUCGCUUUCGGUAAUGUGACAAAAGUAUUCUCCUACCCGUGGAUGGCUUUGCUUAGAUACAACCAAAAUGGAGAGAUUAUUGAUGGCUGUGGUGGAUCGUUAAUUAGUAACCGGUACGUCCUGACUGCGGCACAUUGUUUAAAAACGAGAAGUACUUUGAAGAUAGAUCAUGUCCGUUUAGGAGAACACACCAGGAACCAGGAAGAAGAUUGCAAUAUCUUUAAGGAUAAGAAUGGAGAGGAGAUUGAAAGAGAUUGCGCUGAACCGGUGGAAGAUUUUUCGAUUGAAUCAUUCGAAGUUCAUCCGGAAUAUAACCGUCCCAAAUACAGUAACGAUAUCGGACUGAUACGGUUGGCUCGCGUUGUGAACUUCAAAUACCACAUUCGACCGAUUUGUCUACCCGCUAUUCCUGCACUGCGAUCGAAGCAAUUUGAACGGUACAUAGUGACCGGUUGGGGGACGACCGAAAAUCAAGUCGGUUCACAGGUCCUUCUGGAGGCGGUGAUUCCUCGGGUUAGUAACGAAGACUGCGCGCAGAAAAUGACCCAAAAUCGACUUUCUGUGCAGCUUAGCGAUAAACAAAUGUGCGCCGGUGGCGAAUCGCUCGUGGACACGUGCAGGGGAGAUUCGGGUGGACCACUUGGUUUCUACACCGAGUACAACAAAGGAGCUCGAUUCGUACAGUUCGGGGUUGUGUCCGUCGGGGUAGACUCAUGCGGUAAAAAAUCUGUACCCGGAAUCUAUUGCCGAGUGGGCAGCUAUAUGGACUGGAUUUUAGAUAAUAUGAAGCCAUAAGUUUCGUACCGAAAUAUCGACUGACUGCUGAGAUUGUUCAAUACUUUAAUGCUUUACUGAAUGUGCUCAAUAUAUGUUAAUGUAAUGAAA